UCACUGCUUGUCAACUACUUUCGAAAUACAACAAAAGAGUUUUUGCAGCAGCAGUGAAAUCAGUGCAGUAGUAUAUUCACUUGAUUUCUCUGGAUACUGAAAAAAUUGUACACUUUAUCAGCGAACAUUCAUCAGGAAGUUUAUGCAGUCUUACUAAAAGUUGCUGAUAAAUAAUAAAGUGCUGACUUGUUUCCAUAGCAUAUCGAGUGUUUACUGGGGGCGUUUCGUUUUUUCUUUCCGAUAUUCUCGAUUUUUGAUCAGCUAUUGUGCAUAGUCAGCAUAUAUACUUACAUUUCGAAGAAGGUUAUAAAAAGCUAAAUAAUCAUUCCUAAGAAUAGUGAUAGAGAUUAGCAGCAACGCAGUUUGACCGAGCUAGGCGAUGGAGUACGAAAGCGUUUUGUUAGUGAAGCAGGAAGUGUUUGUUUACAAAAUACCUCCGAGACAAAGUAAUCGCGGCUAUAGAGCAGCUGAUUGGAAUCUAAGCGAACCUACGUGGACUGGACGAUUGCGAAUGGUUUCCAAGGGUAAAACAUUAGCUAUCAAACUGGAGGAUAAAACCAGUGGCGCACUGUUUGCUAAUUGUCCUGUUGAAGCAUAUCCGGGGGUUGCCAUCGAAUCUGUUUCAGAUAGUUCCCGAUACUUCGUACUACGAAUACAAGAUGAUAACGGUCGAAACGCGUUUAUCGGUCUUGGUUUCGGGGAUAGAUCAGACUCGUUCGAUUUGAACGUCGCGCUACAGGAUCAUUUCAAAUGGGUUAAAAACGAAGAACAGAUUGAGAAGGAAAAAGUCGAACCCAAGCAACAACUAGAUUUAGGUUUCAAGGAGGGUGAAACUAUUAAAAUUAAUAUGAAAAUUACGAAAAAGGAUGGCUCGGAAACAAGUUCACGUUCUGGUGGAGCCAAGAAGGCAGGCGGUUUAGGUUUGUUACCUCCACCACCAGGAGGUAGUAAAAUUGCAGCCCCUUCGUCAGCUGCAUCACCAUCUCAUCAGCCAGCGGCUGGUCCCGCAGGUCAAACGGAAUGGGGAGAAUUCACAUCAGCUGGAGCAAAACCACCAGCAGCGACAACACCAAGUAAAACAAAUGCUAAUUGGGUACAGUUCUAAAGACAAUGGCGAAAUCCAAUCUACUCUUAACGUUGAGUGUUCCAGCAAGAAGAAAAGAAUGCGGACUAAUUGUUAUCAUACAUAGAAAGAUAAACGACACCACUACCAGUGAAAACAUGUAACCAGCUAUGUUUCAACUCGAAGUUAGCUAAUAUAGCUCGAAUCCUUAGAUGGCAUUUCGGGGUUUCUGUUGUUCACUUUGACGUGAAUUGUCAACCGUAAAUUACAACAAAAGAGAAGAAUAUAGUAGUUCAUAAUGCAUUCUAAGUGUGAAUGUUAUUCAUAUACACAAGCUUACUUAAAAGUAGAGAAACGUUAUAAACAAAACAAAAAGUUUGGUUCGCCGAUUACACAUUAUUUUUUGGUCGCAAAUAAUAAUCUGCAAUAUUGUCUCAAAGUGAACCUAUAUAAAAUAUAUAGAAGAAUCUAAAUAAAACAAAACAAGAAUAUGUUUGCAAUAAUCCAGCAAAUGAACUGUUGAACAAGCUAAUAUAUGAAACUGCAUUUUUGUUUGUUUUGAGUAUCAACGAUAGAGAGGUUUCCUAGACUCACAAAUAAAUCAACACUUCAACUAUAAUUUUAUAUUAGAAAGCGAGUAAAAACAUAAAGUAAAUAACACGGUCAAUGUCUUAUGUAUACAUUUGUGAAAACAUUAAUCUGUAGGAAACGCUUUUGAGGUACCAAAACAACACCUACAAAUCAUAGGAAACGUCUAAAUAUUUAAUCAAAUCAAAAUACCUGAUCUGUAGUCCUGAACAGCUUCUCAACAUCCGCUCAAAUUCCUAACAAAAAUUAUGUUUCAUUUAUUUAACUAAUAAUGAAUCUAUUUGCAAUCAUCUCGAGUUAUUUGGUUUGCAACUACCAAUAGGAAGUGCAACUUCUACGUUCGUUGCUUUACAUAAAAAAGAACGAUUGUUGAUACGAAUGAUAUAUUCCGAUUUUCUUUAUUUUGUAUUUCUUUGUAUAUUUAGAUUAAUUGAACAUAAGUCAAAAGAUUGAUUAUCGAAACAAUAAUUUUAAGGUAUAAAACUAUUAGAAGAUGAAUAAAUCAUCAUGAAAUACACAGUUGAGAAAAUUGUU